AUGGUAAUAGGCUCGCCUGCAUUCAUAAUUGAUCUCGCUUUUUACAGUACCAUAGAAGGCGGCACAGGUGCUAAGACCUAUUGCGCGCCGCAAAACGGUCGAUGUGGCGGUAGACAGUUUGGGGGUACCUACUCCGAACAAGAUAUCCAAGGCAACGUCUACAGCAUCCUGCGCAGAUACAUCACAAACACGAACCUUGGCACGCCACCUGCAGGGACAUACCCUUUCUCCUUCCAGACGUUAUGGGAUGAUGACCCCAACGCUGUCAGCGCUGCUGUCGUGUGGACGCAAGGUCAAGUGGACUCCAUCUAUCGACGGUCACUCGAGCAAGGCUCCAGAUUCAUGAGCGUAGUCUACGACAAUGGCUCCAUCGCGACCUUUGAACGUGCUUUGACGGAAGAAGAGAUCGACUCGCAUAUCGAAGACUACAAUCGCUUGCAGCGUCGUGAUAUAACUGCGACGAACAAACCUGCCCCUGUCCAUCAGAGGUUUGAAGCUCUCGCUAAAGCACCUCCGCUGCCGAUCAUCGAGAUUGUGCGCAACUAUGUGGAUCGCUUGGCAGACCUACCCGUCACGUCCUACAUCAACAUGGUCGUCGGCAUCUUCAAUACCACGCUAUUUGACACUCUUACCACAGCGGCUCCUCCAUCGACUACAGCAAACCCUGGCUCUGCAACUGCCAGCAACGGGAAUGCAUCACUAAGCACUCCAGAUGCCUCAAAAACACCUCGUCACAAUAUCUUCCGCCGCCAAGAAGAUGUUGGCGAGUGUGGUCCCAGCAGUCCUUGCUCUGACGGAUCCUGCUGCAACACGGAAGGCCACUGCGGCUACAGAGCGGAGAAUUGUGGCAAGGGUAAUUGCACGAGCAACUGUGAUGCCACAGCUGCUUGUGGGAGAGACAGUCUUGACGGUAAAGUGUCAUGCCCUCUUAACGUGUGCUGCAGUUACUAUGGAUUUUGCGGAGUUGGGACCGACUUCUGCGACUCCCCACACCCUGACCAACCGUGUCAGGAAGGGUUUGGCUCUUGUUCUGAUGUAGCGGCACCUUCAUGCAGCGGCAACUCAGCAUCAGGGAGAUCUAUUGGAUACUACCAGGUAUCCAACAACUAUGCACGCGAAUGUCAGCGUAUCAGCCCCUCGCAGAUCGCUAUUACUGGCCUGCCCCAUUUGAAUCUGGCAUUCGUUAGCAUCGAUCCCUCGACAUUCGAAGUAGCGCCCGUAGAUUCUCGUGAUGUACCCUACUACACCGAGUUUACGGCACUUCAGUCAUCCAGCCUGCAGACAUGGCUUUCCAUUGGCGGAUGGGACUUCAAUGACCCUGGCACGACUCAAAGUACCUUCAGUACACUUGCCAGUACGGCCAGCAAUCGUGCUGCUUUCAUCUCCUCACUGGAAAGCUUCAUGGCCAACUACAAGUUCCAAGGCGUUGACAUUGACUGGGAGUAUCCGGGUGCGCCUGAUCGAAGUGGCGAUCCGAGCGAUACCGAGAAUCUGGUCAGUCUUGUGAAAGAGAUGCGUGCGGCCUUCGGGUCCACGUACGGGAUCAGCGCCACCAUUCCAGCAAGUUAUUGGUAUCUCAAGUGGUUUGAUCCUGUGGCCAUGGAGCCAUACGUGGAUUUCCUAGGGAUUCUCUCCUACGAUCUUCAUGGGCCCUGGGACAAGACAAUCAAGGAUGUAGGACCGGUCAUCAUCGGCCAAACCAACAUCCCCGAGCUCGCCAACUGGACGUUGCCCUUGUGGUACGACCAAGUUGAUCCCUCCAAGGUCAACAUGGGCCUCGCCUAUUAUGGAAGGGGAUAUACCGUCGAAGACAUCAACUGUGUGGAUGUAGGCUGCCAGUGGAGUGGCCCUGGCCGUCCCGGUCCUUGCACGGCGUUCAGCGGGGUCAUGUCUCUUACAGAGAUCGAGAAGUUAAUUCCUCAGCUUGGAGUUGAGCCCACACUGGACUCGGAAGCCAUAUGA